AUGGCCACGCCGAACUAUAAGGAGCUGAAGCUGCAGUCGCCGGCCGGUGCCGAGCCGUUCCUGUACAACUGGCCGUUCUCGAUCGGUACCGGGCACGAUUCCGGGAUCGAGCUGAUCGAGAACGUGCGCUGGGUGUGCGAGGACAUGCCGGAGAUCAAGUCGGCGAUCGAGGAGAUCGAUCUCAACAAGCUGGACACGGGCGAUUACGACGCGAUGAAGAAUCUGUGCGAUCGCUUCAAUCGUGCGAUCGACAGCGUGGCCGCACUGGAAAAGGGAACAUCACUGUCGGCCCAAAGGUUUACGUACCCGUCGCGGGGCCUCCUGAAGCACAUCAUCCAGCAGGUGUACAACCAGGCGGUGGUGGAACCGGAGAAGCUCAACCAGUACGAGCCGUUCUCGCCCGAAGUGUACGGCGAAACGUCGUUCGAUCUGAUCUGCCAGAUGAUCGAUCAGGUGAAGAUCAGCGCGGACGAUGUGUUCGUCGACCUCGGCUCGGGUGUGGGGCAGGUCGUGCUCCAGAUGGCCGCUUCGACGCCGGUGAAGGUGUGCUUCGGCAUCGAGAAGGCGGACGUGCCGUCCAAGUACGCCGAGGGCAUGAACACGACGUUCAAGCUGUGGAUGCGGUGGUUCGGCAAGAAGUACGGCGACUACGAGCUGAUCAAGGGCGACUUUCUGGCGGACGAGUACCGGGAGAAGAUAACGGCGGCCACGAUCGUGUUUGUGAACAACUUUGCGUUCGGCCCGAACGUGGACCACCAGCUGAAGGAACGGUUCGCCGACCUGAAGGAUGGAGCGCGGAUCGUGUCGUCGAAGAGCUUCUGUCCGCUGAACUUUCGCAUCACCGACCGCAAUCUGAGCGACAUCGGGACGAUCAUGCACGUGAGCGAGAUGAGCCCGUUGCGGGGCUCGGUGUCGUGGACGGGCAAACCGGUGUCGUACUAUCUGCACAUCAUCGAUCGCACCAAACUGGAGCGGUACUUCCAGCGGCUCAAAACGAAGGGCACCGAUGAUGGCACGGGCAGUGGCGUGACCGGCAGUGGUGGCAGUGGCUCUCAGUCGACGCGCGCUUCACGAUCACGCAAGGAGAACGCCAGCAGCCAGCAGAAAGCACUGGCCGCCAUGAACGAUGACAGCACGUCCGAUAGCGAUGCAGAUGGCGGUAUGGUGGUGUCGUCGGCGACCGGCGCACGGAAGCUGUGGGCCGACUGGAACAGCAGCAAGGACGGCAAGACGAGCCCGUCGGAGGAGGAGAACAACAACAAUAGCAACAAUUCGCCCGUUCUGCGCAACGGCCGGAUACCGGUGGGGACGAAGAAGCGACGCAAGAUAACGCGCACCAAGGCGACGGUCAAAAAGUCGGAACUGGGAGCCGCCGCUGCCGCGAUGCUGGCGCCGAGUGCCGCCGCAGCGAUGGCACUGUCCAUGGGUGCCGUGUCAGGGCCUCCGGGACCCGGUGGUAAGAAGCGAGGACGGGUCAAGAAGGGGGGACGCCAGCGGCGACCGCUCAACAUUGCCGGGCUGGAUCUGCUGCACAACGAAACGCUACUGAGCACGUCGGAGCAGAUGAUCGGCAAGCGGCUUCCACCGGCGCGGGGCUGCGUGGAUCAGCUGCUGACUUCGCUCGCGGGUGAUAUGCAGCACAGCGAGCUGGACAUUCCCGAUGCGCCGUCCGAGACACCGUACGCGCUGCAGAUACUGCUGGACCUGUACAAAUCACAGUUUAUGCGGGCGAUCGAUGCGAUGCGCAAGCCGUCCUACAGAGACAACGUGCAGCAGCAGAUCGAGCGUGAAAGGGAGCGCAACCAGUGGCUACUGAACCGGGCCGGCCAGCUGGAGAAGCAGAUCAAGGUGCUGAUCGAUGACAGUGUGGCUCUGCUGAAGGCGCGCAUGAACGAACUGGGCAUCAGCACGACGAGCCAGAAUGAUCUGCUGUGCAAAGCGAAGGAGAUCGUCGGGCGGCACAAGGAGCUGCAGGUGAUGGCGGCCAAGCUGCAGAACCAGGUGAACGUCAUGGAGCAGGAACAGAAGCGGCUGGUGGUGCAGCACGUGUCCAAGCUGACGGAGCAACAGCAGCAGCAGCAGCAGCAGCAGCAGCAGUACAGCACCAUCAUCAAGGCCGAGGACGUGGAACUGACGCCGUCGAGCUCGAGCGAGCUGGUGCUGAAAGCGAUCGCCAACACGUUGGCGCAGCGCAAGAAGCUGAACGCGCAGGUUUCCAACCUCGAGAACGAGCUGAAUCUGAUCGAGAAACUGACCGACGAACGGAAAGUUACGAUGGCCGUCGGAGGGCCAGCGGCAACCUCCAACACGGCCACCAUCAUAACCGUUGCCCGCGCCACGGAAGUUCGCGAUCGAGGAGGAGUGCAUCAUCCUCAUCAUUCGCAGCAAAGCCAGGGUGUACCCCCGGGUGUGACGAUCGCCGUUGGCGGCCCCCCAGCGAGACAGGCAGGUUCCGGUGGUUCCAGCUCGUCGAACCGUGGCUCGCAGCGGAAAUCGCGCGAACACCGGACACGCUCGCAAGAGUGGCCCGAAAUUCCGGACAUUGGCAAGAUCGAGGAGAACAAUCCGGAGAUAUUGGCCCAAAAGAUUCUCGAAACGGGCCGGCAGAUCGAGGCGGGCAAACUGUUGGCGGCUGGCAAGCACGCCUCCUCGGCUAAGGAUCACCGUGGUGCCGGCGGGGACGUUGGAAAGCAGCAUGCGCCGUCGGGUGCGGCGGCGGUGGUCGUUACUCUUGGUCCUCAGCCGACCGUAGCCGCCCAGCAACAGCAGCUGCAGCAGCAACAGCAGUUCCAUCAUCCACCAGAUGCCGCCCUUAUGCCAGCGCCCGUUUCGACCAUCAAUAAGGUCCACCACCAUCCGCGCGGGGCCAGCGGUGGGUCUUCCGGGGUGCCGUUGACUCCACAAACCGGAUCACAACUUCCGAAAUGCUACGUACCUGGGCCGGAUCCGCACGGACAACGUUCAGCGGCGGCGGCAACAUCGACGGCAGAGGCCGGUGGUGGCCGCGGAAGUGGAAAGAUGCACGAUUCGCACAAGGUGGUCAACUUUGAGGAUCGCCUGAAGAGCAUCAUCACCUCCGUGCUGCAAGGAUCGCCGAAAACGAGCUCAACCGCUUCACCCGGAUCGUCGAGUAGUGCUGCCAGUGUUCCGGUCGCAUCGGCCGGUUCUGCGCCACCAGCAUCGCACCGUCAAGCGAUGCUGGUCGAACCGCACUCCGGUGGGUCACCGUUGAAAUCGGGAUACGGUGUGGCUCCCGGUGCUGGCAAGACGACAGUUUACCUGCAAUCGUCACCCGGUGUCGUUGCUAGUUCGCAUCAUCCGCAUGCGGCGAUGGUCGUUGCUCACGACAUGUCGGCACGAUCGGCCGGAGUUCCCAGCCCAACGGCACACCAUCCUCAGCAACAUCUUAUGCACCAUCAGCAGCAGCAGCAGCUACUUCAUCAUAACCCGCACGCAUUACACCAUCAACAACAGCACGGCGGCGCAAUGCUGAAUGUAAUUACGAGUGGUCAGCAUCAUCAUAGCCUCAACCCCGUUACGACCUCUUCGCCCGUGCCAACGGCAUCGUCUCCGUACAAGAUGCACCCCACCAAUGCCUCGACGAAGAUCUCACCGAGCAAGUACCAACACUAUCCGAAGGGAGGGACGGCUGUCCCACAGCAGCAGCAGCAGCAGCAGCACCCAGGCAUCCCGAGUCAUCACUCGCCGGGUGGGGCCGCCAUCAGCACCCAUCAGCAAAUCUUGCAGCAGCAACAGGAACGGGAACGCAUCGAUCGAGAGCGAUCGGUCGCUUUGCUGUACGCAACGCACGGUGGAGCAGCGCACGGUGCAGACCACCCGAUGCAUCACCAUCACCAUCACCGUGGCCCACCAAUGGCCGGAGCCGAGGGUAAGAUGGAGUUUAAGGCACCGGAAAACUUCCGCUUCGAUCCACGCGCCAACCCGGCACCGAUCGAUGCAACGGUGGCGACGGUGGCGUCCUCGGGAGGCGGGCUCCAAAGUCACUCGCGCAGUUCGUCCACCAACUCGCUCGACAGUCUUCCGAUGGACUACGGGCCACCGGCCACGGGUGGGUCCGGUGGUCGUUAUCACCACCUCGGCGGCGGCGGUGGCGGUCAACAGCAACCGAUACCACUGGUGACGCACUCCCCCGGCCAUGGUUCGUCGUCAUCUUCGUCGUCUUCCUCGCAGCAGCAUCUGUUGCAGCAGCAGCAGCAGCACCCGCAACACGCCGGUGGCCACGGAGGAAACAACUCUCGGCCCGGUUCGACUUCCUCGCAGCCCGACUACACGCAGGUUUCGCCGGCCAAGAUGGCUCUCCGGAGGCAUCUGUCCCAGGAGAAACUUACGCACCCUUCGGCGGCCGGCGGUGGACCAUCGGCGGCAGGUCACGGUGGCACGGCGAAGACGAUCGGUGAUCUGGUGAACGGGGAGAUCGAACGUACGCUGGAGAUCUCGAACCAGUCGAUCAUCAACGCAGCCAUCAACAUGUCCGCGCACCCCCCUCCAGCGGUGACGGGCGGUGGCGCGGCCGUUGCGGCACACAACACGGUCAUCAACACGAACGUGCAGCGUCCGGAGCGGGUCAGCAUCCGGUUGCUGGAGGAUGGGGCCGGUCAGUCGGUGGUCGGACCACCGAGUGCCUACAGUCCCAUCUCGCGGCCGGGCAGUGUCGGGGAGCAGAGCAAAUCGCCGAUCCAUCAUCUGCACGGUGGUGGUCAGGUGGUUGCCCCGCAACCGCAAGGGUACAGCCCGAAAGUGAUCGGUGCGAAGGGAGGAACCGUUCCGGGUGCAACCGUAUCGCCCCGAUCGAUGGCCACCACCGCACAGCAACAACAGCAACAGCAACAAUACUCACCAGUUCCUCCGUCCGGUGGGAGUGCUGGCCCCGGUUAUCAGCAACAGCAGACGUUGGGCUCCGGACGGCAUGAGCCGCUCCCGUACAUGGCGCUGCCCCGUGCCGACAUGAAACCCUACCUGGAGUCGUACUUUAGCGAUGAGCAGAAGCGGCAACAGCAGCUCCACCAGCAGCAGCAGCAGCACCAUCUGCAGCACCCGAUUCAGUCGCCAUCGCCAUCGUCGUUAUCGUCUUCCCACAGUGCCCAUCACCAGCAGCAGCAGCAGCAGCACGGCAUUAUGCACCGUGGCGGCGGUCCGGGACACCCCGGGGUGGUGGAUCUGCACCAUCGAGGCUCGGCCGUGGUGAUUGAGCCGGCGUCCGGUAUGAUGGCACGAUCGCGUGACAUGCUGCUCAUGGACGAGGGCCGCAUGGUGGAUCGCCUCAAUGGGGGACCCCCUCUGGAAGGACUUGCAGCGUCAUUGCAAGCGCGCGUCAUUGCCACGCUAAAGAUCAAGGAAGAGGACGAAGAGCGCAACCGGCGCGAUUUGGUGGGAACGGCCAUCCACCAUCACCAUCACGGUAACUCCGUGAACCUUAGCAGCAGCAGUAGCAGCAACAACAGUAGCAAUAUCCACGGUGGAAGUGGUGGCCUUCAGAUAGUACAAACCGCACACAUUAAGUCUGAAAAAUACGCCUCAUCAUCAUCAUCUUGCUCCUCAUCAUCAACCUCUUCGCAAUCGUCCUCUUCGUCGAUGGCCCUGAAGCGAACGUCACCGAUCAUCGAACAUCCGGCCGGCACUCGGCCACCGAAGAUGCUCUACACGACCUCUGCGUCGUCGUCGUCGGUGGCAUCGUCGGCGCCGGUGGCCACUAGCGAAGCGAUGCUCAUCCACAGCAACGCACAGGCGACGGAAUUGCACCACCACCAUCGGGGGGGUACCGUUUCCGGGCCGCCGAAUGUCGCAGCCACCGGUGCUGGGCCACCACCGGUUAGUGGUGGUGGUCGCACCAGCGGGCUACUGGUUGCUCCGCCGAUGGUGAUGAGUCCGGAAAUCAAUUCCCUCUCGGUCGACGACGAUGGUCGGCGCCAUCUGCAUCAUCCGCUGCACCAGCAGCACCACCACAACCACCACCAGCUGCAGCAGCAGCAGCAGCAGCACCACCAUCAUCAGCUGCACUUGCGGCAACACCAACACUCGCGGAAUGACGUUGACGAUGAUGUGGUCGGUGACGACGAGUCGAGCUGGCACGAUCGGGUCAGCUCCGGGUUCGAUCGGCUGGUGGCUUUCGCUUCGACGGAGCUCGAUAAAACGCGCCGCUCCAACGAGGAUGCCCCACCAUCGUCCACGAGCUGCACGACCUCCCCGGACAGUGGCAUCAACCAGAGCGAUCACAGCCGCACGUUCCUGUCGUCGUCCUCGUCGUCUUCGCAGCUCGAUGUGCCACCGAGCAGUGCGAGCGCAGGCAGUACGGCCAGCAGCACCGGAAGCGGUAGCAGCAGCAGCAUCAUUAGCAGCCUAAGCGGCAGCGUUGGCUCGACGGCCGGUGGUGCCACACUUGGCAGUGGUGGCGGCGGCGGCGGUGCUGGGUUGAUGAUGAAGCACAUGAUUCCGAUCAUCAAAUCUUCGCCAGCGGAACCGGUCGAUAGUCCGCCACUGUCGGAUGUGGGGUUACCGAGAACACCGAGCCCUUCGUCGAGCCCUCCGCUUCUGUUCAGCCAAGUGGCAGCUGCGGUCGGUGGCGUUGGUCAAACAACGAUCGUACAACCCGCGCUACUGCAUCCCGGGAGCGGUGCAAGUGGCCUAAAUCCGGCCGCCACCAGCAAUACCAACAGUUUAGGCAUUCCGCUCAAGUACCAGCGUCAGUCAAAGUCCUCGUCGUCGUCGUCCGCCAAGCACUACAAGAAAAAGUUUCGCGAACGCAACUGGGAAGAGUACGAGGAAAGUUUGAGCGGUGGCCGGAACAGUGCCAUCAGUGGCGGUGAUGCGAUGGAUCAGACGGACUUUACCGAUUCAGGGCACGCCGGCAGUGGUACCGGUGCUUCACAUGUCCUGCAGCCAUCGUCACUAGAGCCAGGCACGGCAGCACCACCAACACCAGUAACUUCCUCCACCGUAGCGGGCGAUAGCAGCUCCCAUCUUCACCACAAGCACAAAUCGGCCAAAUUUCGCCCGAAAGGCAAAGACUGGAACUGGGACGAUGAGCACUCGAACGCAUCGUCCAGUUCGGCCAGGGCGGCUGCUCGAUCGGCCGGCAGCAGCACCACCACAACGACCUGA